AUGGGUUGUAACAUAGACCUGCAGAUCACACACAGCAAGGUGAUGUGGAGAAUGCUGACAGAGCCUUACGUGCAAGUAGUGCAGGAGAUAGUGAAUGACAGUGAGGAAUUUCAAAAAAUCUCUGAAAAAGUGAGCAAAAAGUUCCAGAAGAUCCGGGAUGAGGUAAUGGGACGGUACGGAUAUGACUCUCUUGGUAAGGAGUCCGUCCAUACGGCCAACAGCACUCAGGAGGAGUAUGUAGAGAAGACUAGAGCCCGUUGUGACUAUGUGGUGCAGCAGGGAAUUAGCAGAUGUCAGGAUUGGUUCAGUACUAAGUGGAAAGAGUGUAUGAAUACCAUUCAAGCGCCUCUUAUAAACAACUUUCUCUGCAUUCCUAUGCAAUUCCACUUUCUGUGUGAUAUCAUGAGAGUGAUGACAUCAUGGUGCACAGAGAAAAUCCCAGUUGAGGGAAACUUUGGUCAGACCUUUGACAAACUAAACGACUCCAUCAACAGGCUUGCAGAACACUUCACCACCAAUGUAGUGCUUAAGAAUUUGGAGCAGCAGUCAGUAUUUGGAGUGAACGUCCUCCAGAAUUUCUCUAAGGAGCUGAGCCGUGCAUUUCAGGAGAAAAUUGUAAUUGCUGAGAAGAUAGCUGGGGUGAUUGACUUCCUUCUCUCGUUCACCUUCAUCACGGUGUUCACCUCGUAAGUUCUCACUCCUUCCUUAAGUGCCGU